AUGAGGCCUGAUCGCAGCACCAUUGGCCGAGUGCUCAAGGAGUUCGAGCGAUGGGCAUCUGCGGCAUCCGACAACAACACCGUGCGCGUGCGCGGCGGAGCCCAUCCUGAGCUCGAGCGUGCAAUGGCGCGCUGGAUUGCCAAUGCUGGACCGGCUGGCAUGCCGUUGACCCUUGCGACAAUUCGCGAGCACGUUGCGAACUUGGCGCAUAGCAUGUCUCUGCCUCCGACUUUCCGGUGCUCCAUCGGUUGGGUCCGCCGUGCAUUGCGCCGCCAGGGUGUCAGGUGCAUCGCCGCAUGUGGCGAGGCGGCCGGCCAGGACCUCGCCGCCAUCCGUAUUGCUCAGGAGAAGCUCCCGCAGCUCCUCAUGCACCUCUCCGUGAGGCCGCGCGACACCUACAACUUCGACGAAACUGCACUCUACAUUUCGGUGCUUCCUCGCAAGACGUACGGCGCCGGCCGUGUGGCGGGAAGGAAGGAGGUGAAAGAUCGCCUCACCGUCGGCUUCCUCGUCAACGCGGACGGCUCUCACUCCUUCCGCCCCUUGGUGAUCUCCAAGGCGAAGCGCCCCCACGACUUCCGCCCGAGCUUCAAUCCGCUUUUCAUCCUCUUCAUCGGGCAGCUGAACGCUGCCAUGUAUGCCGAGGAUCGUCAUAUUGUGAUUCUGCUUGACAACGCGAGCAGCCAUAUCCUCAGGUCGCGCGGCGCCACCUCCGAGGACCUAUUCGGGUUCCGCACGUGCUCUCUCUCCAACAUCCGCCUGGUGUAUCUCCCACCGAACACCACCACCUGA